AUGAAGUCAUCUUCCCUGUUCACUGCUAUUCUUAUGGGGGCAACGGUAGCCUCAAGUUCCAUUCUUCCCCGCGACUCUGGGCCAUCACUCUCUUUAGAGGAGCCAGAGGACCCCAUCAUCCUCUUGAGCAAAGAUGAAAGCUUCCAUUUCGAGCUGCUCUUCACCCUCGGAAACACCAUAUUCGGAGCUGGCGAUGUCAACGAUGUCUUGGCCGCAGCGAAACACAUCAAGCCCGGGAACUUCACCAGCUGGCUCGAGACCUUCCACGCGUUGGCAGAAUACACCAAAGGUCAAGCCGAGGAUGCGGACAAUGCGUACGAUCCAUUGAACGUCCGGGAAGCCUGGUUUGCUGCAUCAAGCUACUACCGUCAGGCCGACUUCUACAACCAUGCGAAGUGGACGGACCCACGUAUCAAUAGCUUCUGGCUCGAGCAACGCGCUGCGUUUGACAAGGCGCUUGCGACACUGCCCGUUCCUGGCGUACGUAUCCAGAUCCCGACGGACAGCUUCACUAUUGAAGCAAUAUGGUACACGCCCGCAGCCGAUGCGGUCAAACGACCGACCUUGGUUAUCGGCAAUGGAUAUGAUGCUAGCCAAGAAGAUUCCUACCACUCGUUCGUUGUGCCAGCCUUGGCUCGUGGCUGGAAUGUUAUGACCUACGAAGGGCCAGGACAGCCCACUGUUCGUCGCAACGAUAAUAUCGGUUUCAUCCCUGAUUGGGAGAGGGUUCUUAGGCCAGUGAUAGACGAGUUGAUAAAUCGCAAAGGCUGCUUCGUCGAUGAAGACAGGCUGGUCCUCGUUGGCAUUUCAAUGGGUGGGUAUCUAGCUGCUCGUGCCGCUGCGUUUGAGCCUCGGAUCAAGGCUCUUAUUCUCAAUGGCGGCGUGUGGGAUGUCUAUAAGGGAUUCGCCAGUCAGUUGACUCCGGACAUGAAGGAACUGUUCGCCGCGGGCAAGCAAGAGGAAUUUAACGAGGCUGCCUUGCCGCUUUUGAAUAGCCCACAGGCGCCUACAAUGAUGCGCUGGGGUUUAGAGCACGGAUUGUGGUGCUUCAAACAGCAUUCCCCGUAUCUAUGGCUCCAAUCGCUUAAGCAGUACACUAUUAAGGAUGUGGUUGGGAAGAUCAACGUACCCGUCCUUGUCGUCGAUUCCGAGUUCGAGGGGUUCUUCGCUGGCCAGCCGGAGAUUGUCAGGGACGCACUGGGCGAUAGGGCAACUUACAAGUUCUUCAAUGGAACAGCUGGAUAUCACGUCCAAGUCGGAGCUGGGCAAGAGUGGAACAGGUAUCAGUUUGCCUGGCUAAAUAAGAUAUUAGGAUAG